AUGGAGGCACCAAUCCCGAUGGAAAACAAAGCAAAGAAUCUUCCUUACGGGGGAAUGAUGCCUCCCCUUCAUCAUACUCAGACGCUUCACGGUCCUCCACCUGGUUUUCAGCGAACACCACCACCACCGCACGACCAGCCUCAUGGAUUGCCCGCACCUAUCCCCCAUACUGGCCCUUACGAACAACACUGGCGACAACCAUACCAUCCAUCGCCCUAUGAAACGGCUGCUCAACGUCGUCACUCGAACCCAGUCACCCAACCCCCACCACAGUCGCAACCGCCUCCUCCAGGUCAUCCUCCCCCUUCGCAUUCCCACGUUCCUUACCCUCCUCCAGGUCCUCCUCCUCCUCCACCACCACAACAACAACAACACCCCGUUCAACCGCCAAGUCGAGAACUACCUCAACCUCCGCUGGGUGAUCCAUAUCAUCGUCCGAACAGCUUACCAGCUCCCGCACCAUCGCAUCCAGCAUCAGAGCCUCAUUCCCCUCAAUCGUAUAGACCUAUGACUGGCGCACAACCCGAACCUACCCCGCAUUCCGCGCCUCCUCCUAGUGAUUAUAGACCACCGCGCAUGGCUUAUGCCGGUCCUGGGGAGCCUUCAGCGCCGGGAGUCACUAAUGGUGAACACGCAGGCCCGCCGCCGGGCUACAUGCAACAUGUCCCACCUCAUCACAGUCAACAUCCUUCAGGCGCUAUAUAUGAUGGUGCUAUUGUGCCUUAUCCACGUCAACGCAAAGCUGCUAGAGCUCAACAGGCUUGUGAUCAAUGUCGAGCACGCAAAGCUAAGUGCGAUGAGGGUCGUCCGGCAUGCAGCCAUUGUAGAGAAAACAACAUCGAAUGCAAAUACAAAGACAUUCCUCCUCAAAAGCAAGAGAAGUCCACCCAGCUGGUCUUGGAGCGCGUAGGGCAAAUUGAAGACAAUAUCGUGAAUGUCCUGAUGGAUAGAAUGACGAAAAUGGAAAAACUUUUACAAUAUUUUAUUACCAAAAGCGAUAUCCCUCUUCCAGCUGAGGCUUCACCUGAUGUUCCACCAGAGGAUCUACCUCGGAAACUUGUCAAGGACAUUGCUACGACACCAAAUACUCCCUUGGAAUCGAAACCGCCAACCCCUGCUGCGCUAGAACUCUCCGGAGUGGAUUCGAAGAAAAAGCCCGAAGCGAACUUGCUAAGUUAUAUAAAUACCGUACAGCAUGUGCAGUCGCAACCUCUAACGAAUGCACGAGACAAAGAAGUUGACGGAGAAUUAUCCGUCCCACAGAACCAUACGACAGCUGCCCACAAGCUACUUAAUUGGAAUUCAAUUCAGCGACUAUUGGAUCGUCAAGUUCAUCCUGACUAUGUCUUGAGAAACGAGAGCAAACGAGGCUUGAUUCGCAUUUACGGAUGCGGUGAAGGACUUGGUCACGACACUGAGUACUACUCACGGCAUGCUCCGGCCCAACCUCGGGCCUCGCAAGGACUUCCUGGUUCCGCUGGUAGCCCUAUAACAAACACAUCAACCCCUCGCAUUGAUGAGGAGUAUUCCCAGGCCAAUUCACCAAGCUGGGGCUAUGGGCUUCCAAUGCCUCUGCAAAGUCGAUUGAAGGAACAUCCUGGCGGUCUCGAUGCAUCGGGUCAUCUCAACACCCAUUCUGAUGUCGUUAGGCGCCUUUUUCAUAGCUAUAUGUCCAAUAUGCAUAUUCUCCAUCCCUUCAUGGACGCGACAAUGCUAGCGCAGAAAGUGGAAGUAUUUAUUCUACAAUAUGCGCCUCUUAGAAAGAAUAUGGGCCACAGCGCAAAUGAAGGUCGUGGCAUGAAGCGAAAGCGCUCUACUGAACAGACGCACACGCACAUGGUGGCCCCCGAAAUGUCUCCUUCUCCAAGCUUAAGCUCCGAAAAAUGGCCGUCGCACAGGAUUGAGCACUCAAUUGACAAUGCAAUUAUCUUAAUGGUGCUUGCUCUGGGCGCAAUCUGUGAGCAUAAGACUGCUCUACCUGGCUUUGCUCCAGAUCCCAAUGAAAGAUCCCGUCCUAAGCAAGAGUUCGCAUCGUCACCAGAAGUACAAGCUGUGCUCAACGAGAUUCUUUCGCCAACGCCAGCCUCGGGGUUGAACACUCAGGCGUUUGAUACUCCUAAUUUCCCAUCUCCAGACCCUGCAUGGGGAGAUUGGAAGACCCCGAAUCAAAGACCGCACUCUAGAUAUGGGCUAGAGAAUAAUAACGAAGCACCUUACCCCAAAAAUAUAGAUGUGAUUCCAGGUUUAGCCUAUUAUGCCUAUGCGGCGGGGAUCCUUGGCGAAAUGCAGGGUGGAUGCGAAUUGCCUUUUGUACAAGCUUCAAUUCUUGCAAGCUUUUAUGCUGGUCAACUAGCUCACCCGUUUCAGAGUCAUGGUUGGAUUUGUCAGGCUGCUAGAGCCUGUUCAUUCUUGAUUCGAUCGAUGGAUUACGAAAACAUUAAUUCGGAUGUUACUUUUCCUUUCAAAGAAUUAUGUGAAUUCGCUUAUUGGACCUGUCUGCAGCAUGAAAGUGACCUUUUGGCCGAGUUGGAUCUGACAGCCAGUGGCGUAUCUCAAUCCGAGACCGCUGUUCAGCUCCCCAAAGGUUAUCUUACUCUAACUGAGGCGGAAAAACUCAAAGAUCCCGAGUCUUUGGUGAUGUUUUACUAUUCGGCGCAAAUUCACUUGCGCAAAGUGUUGAAUCGAGUUCAUCGAGAUCUUUAUGACACCGACGUCAAGGCGUUGCCUGAUAAGAUUUUGACGGUUCUUGGUCUAAAUCUUGACGUAUGGAAGUCGAGUCUACCGAAGCAAAUGCAAUGGAAUGAGGGUGAUGAACCUUCAAGUGAUAUCAACACUGCACGCCUACGUGCAAAGUAUUAUGGCGCUCGGUAUAUUAUCUACCGACCUGUCCUAGAACGCGCCUUGCAUUCUAUGUCACCUAGGGCGGAAGGGAACGGGAAAGCAGAAAAUGAUUCUAAGCUACCGGUCUCUUCAUUCAAGGCACAUGACUUUCAAGCGCCCAGUAUGGCGAGAUGGUCCAGUGAACCGGGCUUGCGCCAAAAUUUGAGGGAUAAGGACGAUACCGUAGAGACAAUACACUAUGACGAGCUAGACGACGAAACACGACGCGCAUGUGAGCAAUGCAUCACGGCUGCAAUUCAAAGUACCAAGGCAUUUCACAAUAUCAAGGGUCGACCCAUUGUGACUAAUAUAUUUGGGACUGCUCAUGCACAAUUCGGCAACAUGCUUGUCCUAUCGGCGACUUACAUGUCUAACCUUAAUCGACUAGUCGACGCUGAUGAACUCGAGCGCCUCCUCCAGCGCACCAUCAAGUUCCUCGCCAUGUACAAGGAUAUCUCACCGACGCUCAUGGCCGAUGCUCAAAUCCUGUCGGGCAUCUACUACAAGAUUUUCAAAAAACCACUCAACACGAGCUUCACCACGGAAUCAUUCGGUAGUACAUGA